AUGGCCGAUGUCGAAUAUCUAAGAAGUCUCUUGAGACCAUUCCCUGACUGGCCAAAGAAGGGCAUUGUCUUUUUGGACAUCUUCCCCCUUCUCCGGGACCCCGUCGGAUUCGAGACUCUCAUCACGCACUUCGUGCACCGACUGACCUCACACACCAUCGGCCAGUCGCCCACGAAGAAGAUCGAUGUCGUCGUUGGCCUGGAUGCGCGGGGCUUCCUCCUCGGGCCCAUCAUCGCGAUGAGGCUCGGAGCUGCCUUCGUGCCUGUUCGCAAGAAGGGCAAGCUCCCUGGCGAGACCGUCCAUGCAGAGUACGAGAAGGAGUACGGUGUGGACGUCUUCGAGAUGCAGGCGGACGCUAUCCAGUCUGGGCAGAACGUCGUCAUCAUCGACGACCUGAUCGCGACCGGUGGCUCGGCGAAGGCAGCUGGCGAGCUCGUGGCUAAACUCGGCGGGAAGACCCUUGAGUACCUGUUCAUCAUCGAGCUCACCUUCCUCAAGGCUGCAUCGAAGCUCGACGCGCCGAUGUACUCCAUCGUCAAGGUCGACGAUUAG